ACUGCACAAUGAAGAAGAAGAGUAGGCCCGCCUAAUAAAAGAAAAGAAAAAUGAAAUGAAAAGGUUCAUCAUGUCCUAACCAUGAAAGAAUCUCUACGGAGCCUCAUCUUUCUCUUCUUGUUUUGCUUUUGCGUGAAAAUAUCAUCACAGAAAGAAGCAGAAGCUUUGCUGAGAUGGAAACACAGCUUACUCUCUCACUCACUGGAUUCAUGGACUCUCACCAAUGGCAGUGAAAGCAGUCCUUGCAAUUGGGCUGGAAUCCAGUGUGACGUUGCUGGAAGAGUCAUUGAAAUCGACCUCUCAUACUCUGGCCUCAAUGGGACUCUCGACGAAUUCACCUUCUCCGCAUUCCCCAAUCUCACCAGCUUCAAUCUCAAUACGAACAACAUUGUUGGGGUGCUGCCGGUUCAAAUCGGUACUCUGUCGAAGCUCACAGUUCUCGAUCUGGGUACCAAUAAUAUCACAGAUUCCAUCCCUGCAGAGAUCGGAAACCUCAUUCAAUUGCGCAUCCUUCGUCUCUCAAAAAACAGCUUCACCAGUGCAAUUCCCUAUCAGCUAACCACUCUUCAAAAGGUAUGGCUCUUGGAUCUUGGCGGGAACUAUCUUACACCUCCUGACCCAGUUCGGGCUACAGGCAUGGCGUCACUGACGCAACUCACUCUCAAUCUCAACAAUCUUGGCCCUGAUUUCCCCCCUUUCAUCCUCAAUUGUUCGAAGCUUAUUUUCUUGGACUUAUCCGAAAAUCUCAUGAGAGGUCCGAUUCCUAUAGAGCUUGGUUCUAGUCUAAAGAACCUUAAAUUCCUAAACCUGAGUGUAAACUCAUUCGAGGGUCCAAUUCCAGUGGAAAUCACAAGCCUUGCAGAACUUCAACACCUUCGGUUGGGAACAAACAAGCUCAAUGGCUCCAUACCCAAACAAAUCGGGCACCUGUCCAACCUCCAAAUCCUCGAAUUGCUCAACAAUCCACUUUGGGGGCUAAUACCACCAUCGAUAGGAAACCUUACCAUGCUUCGAAAGUUAGAUCUCACGAAUGCAGGCUUGAAUUCUGCCAUACCUCAUGAGCUAGGUUCUUGCAUUAACCUUACUUCCCUUGCACUGGCAACAAACAAUCUUUCAGGUCCAUUGCCGCUUUCCUUGACAAAGCUAAUCAAGAUCUCAGAACUUGGAUUGUCUAAUAAUCAUCUAUCUGGUGAAAUCCAUACAUAUUUCCUAUCCAAUUGGACCCAGCUCACUUCCUUGCAACUCCAGGAAAACAACCUCAUAGGAAGAAUCCCACCCGAAAUUGGUUUGCUCCGUAAACUUGAAUUCUUGUACCUGUUUCUCAAUCGGACGUCAGGUUCUAUACCUUCUGAGAUUGGAAAUUUGUCACGUUUGAUUGAACUCGACUUAUCACUUAACUCCAUAUCUGGCCCAAUCCCUUCAAGCAUAGGAAACUUAACUAGUCUUUCUAAGUUGAGUCUCUUUGGGAACCAACUUAAUGGAACCCUACCGCUUGAGCUAGGGAACAUGGAAAGCCUUGAAAUUUUCGAUUCGAGCGACAACAAUCUUCAAGGCUCCUUGCCAUCAACAGUAUCCCGUCUGAAGAAUUUGCGGAUCUUCUAUGUUUCGAAUAACAGCUUCGCAGGUAGCAUACCUGAAGAUUUCAGUCCCGUUCACCUUCAGAAUGUCAGCUUUUCCUUGAACAAUUUCUCUGGCCCACUCCCUCCACAAAUCUGUGGAGGUGGGGAACUUGUAUAUAUUUCAGCAGAUUAUAACAGAUUCACAGGACCACUCCCAGAGAGCCUUAGAAAUUGCAUCGGCUUAGACAGAGUCCGCCUUGAACAGAACCGCUUCGAUGGGGACAUCAUGGAUGCAUUUGGAGUAUACCCAGAUCUUCAAUACAUCGACUUGAGCAGUAACCGUCUCUAUGGUGAAUUGUCCCCAAAUUGGGGAAAAUGUACUAAGCUCUCAUCUUUUCGAAUAUCGGAAAAUUCUAUAUCAGGCAGAAUACCCCCAGAGAUUGGACAACUAGAAAAUAUCCAAGUCCUGAGCAUUUCUUCUAAUAUGUUAACAGGAAAUAUUCCUACCGAGUUCUUCAAUUCAUCGUCACCUCUUUAUAACCUGAAUUUGAGUGAAAAUCAGCUUUCGGGUCUGAUACCAGCAGAAAUUGGACAGUUAUCGCGAUUGCAAAUCCUGGACUUUUCAAAUAACAAUCUAAGCGGGCCGAUACCAGAAGAGCUCGGGGAUUGCCGACUACUAAUAUCCUUGAGGCUCAGCAGCAACAAAUUAAAUGGAACAAUCCCUUCUCAAAUUGGAAAUCUAGCGUCCCUACAGUCUGAGCUAGACCUGAGUCGAAAUUUGCUCACUGGAGAGAUACCGGCACAGCUUGGAUCUUUAAGAUCACUAGAACAUUUGAAUCUCUCUAAUAACAACCUCUCUGGUCCGAUAAAAACUGCUUUGCAGGGUAUGACAAGCCUUACAUCAGUCGAUGUAUCACAUAACAACUUUGAAGGUCCCCUUCCGAAUACUACUGCCUUUCGAAAUGCUACUGCUGAGGCUUUGGCAGGCAAUUCAGGUUUGUGCGGCAGAGAAGUGCAAGGUCUGAAUCCUUGCAGUACGUAUUCCUCCCCGACGAACAAUAGCAAAAGCAGAACUUGGAAACUGAUCAUCGCGAUAGUCAUUCCAAUAGUCUUUGUUGCAGUUUUUAUAUUUAUUGUUGUAAGGAUCUUCAUCUGCUUCAAAAAAUCAGAAGAACCGAAUGAUGAAAAUCUCGAAUUAAGCGGGGAGAUCUCAUUUUCAGUGUGGAAUUAUGAUGGGAGGAUAACAUUCAAAAAAAUCAUUGCAGCGACAGAGAAUUUCAACGAGAAGUACUGUAUCGGGAAAGGCAGUCAAGGGAGUGUGUACAAAGUCGAACUUGAGAAGGAGAAUGUCAUCGCUGUAAAGCGCCUUCACAUGUCUGAAGAUGGGAUUACAGAUGCUGGCCGGAAGGGUUUUGAGAGUGAAAUUCAGGCGCUAACUGAAAUACGGCAUCGGAAUGUCGUGAAACUGUAUGGGUAUUGUUCAUCGAAUAGCUGCAUGUUUUUGGUGUAUGAGUUUAUGGAGAAGGGUAGUUUGGGAAGUAUUCUGUACAGUGAAGAAGGACAGAAGAUGCUGGACUGGGAGAAGAGGUUGAAUAUUAUCAAAGGGGUAGCAAAUGCUCUAUCUUACAUGCACCAUGACUGUACACCAGCUAUCAUCCACCGAGACAUUUCAAGGAAUAAUGUACUGUUGGAUUCGCAGUUUGAAGCUCAUAUCUCUGACUUUGGGACUGCGCGGUUACUGAAACCAGAUGAGUCUCACAGGACGACUGCUGUUGGCUCCUAUGGUUAUAUUGCACCAGAGCUCGCUACAACAAUGAAGGUGACUGAAAAAUGUGACGUCUACAGCUUCGGAGUUCUUGCUCUUGAAGUAGUGAUGGGAAAGCACCCCGGUGAACUUCUCUCAGGAUUAUCGAAUGGAGAACACGAAGUACUUCUUGUAAGCUUGUUCGAUCAACGGCUUCAGCCUCCAACCAAUUCCAUAGUCCAAGAAGUAGCUUGGGCAGUGAAGUUUGCCUUGGCGAGCGCACGCACAAACCCCAAGUCCCGCCCCACCAUGCAUAACGUUGCUCGUGAAUUAUCAAUAGGCUCAAGACCACCUCUCCAUGAGCCAUUAGACACACUUACGUUGCAGCAAUUAAUGGAGUUGUAAGAGAAUAAAUUUUAAAGAGUGGUGCUUGUUUGUGUGCGUCAUUGAUUUCUACUUGAACAUGGAACAUAGAUAAAUAUUAUUUAGCGAUUGUAGGUGUAUGUUGGUUGGAGCCUAUGACUGGCCCCAAGUCGAAUGUGUGCGCCUGUGUUUUAUGGGAACUAGUUUCUUUAUUUUAUGUUUUCCUCAUAUUUGUUCUAUAGUCUUUUUUAAGUUUUCCCUUCAUAUUAAGAGCAUGUAUGUCAUUGUACAUUUCUCUUCAUAUUAUAAAUAAGAUAGGGCUGGGUGUCCCAACCCUAUGUGCUCUUUUUCCUUCUUCUGAA